GUUCUUCUGGAAGGUCAACGACAGAGGCCCCGGCCGUUCCAACCUUCUCGCUUGCCUCCUCGUCGCUUUCGCUUCCAUUCCAAGCUCAGAGCUCCUCUCCCCAGUUCAGCUCGCACUUCGCACGCGAGAUCUCCCUCCAGUCCUCGCCGCCCACUCUCCACGACCUCCCCGACGGAGCAGCCGCCGUUCUGAGCGCCAAGGGCCCGCGCGAUGGGGUGGGCGUCGCGGUUCCUGACGGCGGUGACGUUCCUCGCCGCGGGGGUCCUCUUCGCGCCCGACGCGCUGCGCCUCGGCGGCUCCGGCUCCGGCUCCGGCUCCGGCGCAGCGGCGGCGGCGAGGCUGGUCCACCUCCUCGCCUUCGCCACUGCCUGGGGCGCCGGCCUCUGGGUCGCCUUCAUCGGCGGCACCAUCAUGUUCAAGUACUUACCGAGGCACCAGUUUGGGAGUCUGCAGGGGAAAAUGUUCCCGGCGUACUUCAUGUUGAUAUCAGCAUGUUCAGCCAUAUCUGUGGCGGCAUUCGCAUACCUGCACCCCUGGAAGACAGCAUCAACCGUCGAGCGCUACCAGCUUGGAUUCCUUCUUUUGGCCCUUGGCUGUAACCUGUCAAACCUUCUAGUCAUCACACCUAUGAUGGUUGAGAUGACGAUGAAGAGGUACAAGCUGGAGAAGGACCUUGGCAUCGGCAGCGAGGUCGGGAACUCCAAGAACAAGGAGAUGGCGAAGAGGAGCCCCACCCUGGCAGCAAUGAACCAGAAGUUCAGGAUGAUCCACGUGGUGUCGUCGCUUGCCAGCCUCAUGUCCUUCGGCAGCCUGGCCAUGCACUCCUGGUACCUCUCCAGCAAGCUUGACCUGUGACUGCCUGACCGAGGGCUUUGCCAUGCUCUGAAGCUUGCUGCUGUUAAGAGUGUUGGUGACCCACUAAACUCUGAACUUAGCCUAGGUUUCUGUGGAGAAAAAAAAGUUCUGUCUAUGUGAGAACCUUGGUCCUUGGGAUGAUAAUGAUUAAUUUUAAUAAUGUACAGAGUGCAAGCAGGUCGUUUCAUUUUGAAAUUUAUCUGUUGGAAAA